UAAAGAGCAAAUUGAUCAGUCUUAUUACUUUUAUAAGGAAUUUGUAACAGUUGACAUACAAAUUUUAAAAUGUAUAAAUUUAUUUGUCUACUUUUCGUUUGUGUCGCUUUUGUACACGCGGUUGACCAUAAAAUUCAGGUAAAAUGGGGAAAAGUGCGCCAAGGACUAACUAUCCUUGUAAAUAUAAAGCGCGGUGCAAAUGCAACAAAUAUUACUUGGAAUGGAGAAGUUACUGAAAAUAAGAAUCGUUUAAGAGCUACUUAUGAGUUCACUUAUAUAGCUCAAAAUAAGACACGAACUACUAGGGCCUCAAAUCUUUGCACACCCGCCAAAAAGGGCAGUUUUGAUGAAGUUGUUCAGACGUUCCUUUUGAAAACCUUAGCAAAUUCUGACAGUUGUCCAAUUAAGAAGGGAACAAUGGUUAGUUACAAAACGCCAUUCGAUUACAGUUACGCAGUUGACGAAUCUUUUGGAUGUGGAGAGUUUAGGUCAAAAAUGAAAUUAUUCAGGAGCCAUAAGAUAACAGACCUUAUUCCCGUAUUGGUGUAUAAAUUUGGUGGAACUAUUACUGGCUGUUAAAUAGUUAAAUUGUAUCAUACAUGUAACAAAUGAUCCAAUAUUAAACAAUAUUGAAUAUUCUAAAUUAAAA